AUGGAUUUGGCAAAGCAGCUGGUGCGCUCCUGCGUGCGCGCAUUCUACCAGCAGCCCAACUUCGACGUCCGCCACAUUCUUGUCAUUGACGCCCUGGUCAUCCACUCAGCGCUGCGCGACGAUGAUCUUGCGUACCUUCUUAGUAUGACGGCUUUGAAAGAUCUCCACAAGCUCUGCGCGAAGCUCAGGGACGACCGCUUUUUGGCCAUACACGUUCGAUCAGAGCUCAAGGAAGGAUCCGUACGCCCCGUCAACCGAACCUACUACUACAUCGACUACCGCCAGACGAUCGACUUUAUCAAGUGGAGGGUCUACAGGCUGGGCAAGGACAUGCAGGUACCCACCGUGCCGGCAAACGAGCGCAAGGAAUAUGUCUGUCCCAGGUGUAAGGCAGACUACACCCAGCUGGAGGUUCUCGACAACGUGAGCGCCCAGGGCUUCCUGUGCCAGAGGUGCAAUCACGUUCUCAAUCACGAAGCCGAGAGAACCUCGGCCGGACACGAAAAGGUGACCCGGCUCAACAACCAGCUGAAGUUCAUUACCGACUUGUUGCUUCGCAUCGACAGUGUCGUUGUUCCAGACAACAACUUCGAAUUUGCAAUACAGAGUGCCCUACCAGUCGUCAGAGAUGCCCAGCACCAGGUCGCAAAGAGUACCGUUGUUGAACAAGCCAGGCCUACCAGUGUGAAGGGUCUAGCUGACACCGGCCCCAAAAAGAUCGAUAUCAACAUCUCAAACUCAGAGGGCCCGACAGAGGAGGAGAAGGAAGCAGAGCGCUUGCGCAAAGAGAAGCUGGCUAAGCAGAACGAACUGCCGGAAUGGAUGUCGAGCAGCACGGUCAAUGGAGCUUCUUUCUCUACCACCGGAGCUGGAGGCGCUAUAGUGUCGAACACCGACAACGAGAAGCAGACCCUGAAACGGCCGCAAGCGCUAGACGAGACGGAGGCACAGAAGCUAAGCAGCUACAUGGAGAACCUGAAGAGGGAGCAGGCGGCCCUCGCAGCGAAGCAAGACGAGUCAUCUGAGGAUGAGGAUGAUGAGGGAGACUUUGAGGACGUGGUUGCGACGCCUCCACUGAACUCCUCUUCUCUCCCCGGCGGCACCGGAGUAAAGCCCGCACCUUCGCCUCUUCGACAAUCCAGUGUCCCAGUCAAGAACGAGCCGGGAGUGGCCAUCAAGCGCGAGGCUGACACCAACGGAUCCGGAAUAAAACGUGAAAGCCCUGGUUCGGAGGACAGGCCCGUGAAGAAAGUCAAGGUCGAGGAGCCCGCGGAAGACGACGGCGAUGACGAUGAGGAGGACAUGGAAUUUGAGGAUGUAUGA